CGGGGAGUGAGCAUCCGCCAUUUCAGCUCCAGAGUUUGUCCUUUCAGUCUAGUUUACACUUUUACAACUCCCUUUCACUUUUCUUAUUUGGCAUUCAUUUCCUUAUAUAGAUGCUUUAUGACUUCGUAGACUCCGUGCAAAGUUUUUACUCGUACCCGCGUUGGAGAAUCGCGCAAACCGAUACUUUUCCCAGACCCUGAUUUUUUUCCAAGUGGAACUACAGCGGACCAAAGUUUUGCAUGAGCCGCGGAUAAGGGCCUGCAGCCGGGGGGAACCGUCCUUCUCCAAGUCAUGGCCGGGAACUUUGACGCCGAGGACCGCAACAGCUGGUACUGGGGCCGGCUGAGCAGACAGGAGGCCGUGGCGAUGCUCCAGGGACAGCGGCACGGAGUGUUCCUGGUGCGGGACUCCAUCACCAGCCCCGGGGACUACGUGCUGUCCGUGUCCGAGAACUCCCGAGUGUCCCACUACAUCAUCAACAGCGUCAGCAACAACCGGCAGUCCAGCUCAGGGCUGUCUGCUCCCUGGUUCCGAAUCGGUGACCAGGAGUUCGAAGCCCUGCCCACCUUGUUGGAGUUCUACAAGAUCCACUACCUGGACACUACCACGCUGAUCGAGCCAGUGAGCAGGUCCCAGCAGCAAAGCCUGAUCAGCCCUGCCAGGCCCCCCACGCCCCCCCUACACAGCGAUGAGCCGCCCGAGUAUGUCCGUGCCCUCUUCAACUUUCCGGGCAAGGACGCUGAAGACUUGCCCUUCCUGCGCGGGGAUGUCCUGCGUGUGCUGGUGAAGACGGAGGAGCAGUGGUGGAACGCUGCCAACCAGGACGGGCGCACUGGCAUGAUCCCCGUGCCCUAUGUGGAGAGGUACCAACCUGUGUCUCCCACCUCACCCUUCUCUGGUGGGCCUCCACAGCAGGACGGAACCCCCCUGAACGCGCCUCCGCUCGGGAACCCAGGACAGUAUGCUCAGCCUGUAGUCAACGCACACCUGCCCAACCUCCAGAAUGGACCGGUGUAUGCCCGCGCCAUCCAGAAGAGGGUCCCCAAUGCGUAUGAUAAGACUGCGCUAGCUCUGGAGGUGGGAGACAUGGUGAAGGUGACCAAGAUCAACGUGAAUGGCCAGUGGGAGGGCGAGUGCAAGGGCAAACAUGGACAUUUCCCCUUCACCCACGUCAGACUGUUGGACCAACACCUGCCCGAGGACCUGAGCUGAGGAGCAUCAGGCGGGCCCGCGGAAACUGCAGAGGAACCCACCCAGUGCCUGAGCAGUGGGGCCUUCUGCUACACUCGCUGGGGACUAUGCUCUGAAGUCCUUCUUACAAAAUGUAGAUGUGCUAUUAGGAUUCUCAAAAAUAUUCAAAAAUCAGAUGGAUACUAAAACUAGUAUCAAAAGUUUAAAGGCAACGUUUUUCAGUGGUCCAAAGUUAUUCCUCACUUACCCUAUGCAAUCCUAGCAUUGUAAUUAUUCACCAAGAUGAGUUUAUGAGCGCGGAGUGGAGCGCGGAGUGGAGCGCGGAGUGGAGCGCGGAGUGGAGCGCGGAGUGGAGCGCGGAGUGGAGCGCGGAGUGGAGCGCGGAGUGGAGCGCGGAGUGGAGCGCGGAGUGGAGCGCGGAGUGGAGCGCGGAGUGGAGCGCGGAGUGGAGCGCGGAGCUAAGAAUAACUACCAUGUUAACACACACUUCCUGAUUAUCAGACAAUAAAACACUUUAUGAUGCGGACAGCAUGCAGCUGACUUAUUUUGACCUCAAAAGCUGCUUAUACAGUAUAUCUGUACUGGGACAAGACUGAUUUGCUCGAAAUAUUGAAUACAGGAGCUCUAAGAAUGAUCUAGAGCUCAUCAGAACUAAUAUAAGACCACAUGGUUAGAAAGUACUAUUAUUUUAUUUUGUCUAUUGUCUAUUUUUUAUUACUGUGGUAUCUGAUAUCUUUAUCAAGUAUCAAUUAUCAAAAUUGAGCUUGAAAUUUGAGUAUUGGGACAACACUAUGUUCUACAGGAGAUGAAAGUGACGGUUAUGGCCAAGAAGGGAUGGACCACUACCAUAUUACAGUAGUAUGCAAUAUCGUCUCCUAGUGUUACCAGAUUUUUAUCAUGGACUUCAGGGCCUGAAUCACAUUAUUUUAGAACAGUGGAGUUGUUGACAAUGAGGCUUUGCCCACUCACGUUUCACUACAGCACAUAUUAACUGUUACCUUUUAUUAAACAUUUUUAUGGUAUGAAAUGUGGCAAUAAUAAUAAAUGACUGUUGCAUCAUUGGGCAUGUCCCACUGGGAGGAGGCCCCGGGGAAGACCCAGGACACGCUGGAGGGACUAUGUCUCUCGGCUGGCCUGGGAAUGCCUUGGGGUCCCACCGGAGGAGCUGGAGGACGUGUCCGGGAUGAGGGAAGUCUGAGAGUCCCUGCUGAGACUGCUGCCCCCGCGUACCCGGCCCCGGAUAAGCGGAAGAAAAUAGAUGGAUGGAUGGAUGUUGCACCAUUAGACCGUUUUUGAGAAUAAACGAUGAGUAGGAGUACAUCUAGGGAUGUGUGAUAUAUAUGUUCCAAUAUCAGUAUUGGUGAGCUCAGAUGGUUUUCCAGAUAUUGUUACCUGUACCUGAUUUCCAAAGUUAUUCCUCACUUACCUUAUGCAUUCCAAGCAUUUCUAAUUAUUCAUCACAAUGAGUUUAUAAGCACUUUUCACAACUUUCAGAGAUCUCUGACCAGACCGGUGUUUUGCCGUCACGGUGACGCUAACAACAACCAGCAUACUAACAUGCACUUCCUGAUUAUUGGGCAUU